AUGUCUUUUCCAGCCCAAAACGCAAGAGGUAUUCAAAAUCGAAAGAUACUCGAAGAUUUGGAACUAAAGAAACAGAUAUUAUUAAAAACUGGUGCUGUUCCAACUCCUCCAACAGUUUCUCAUCCUACAACUCCGGGAACAUCUGAUAGUCACUUUCAACGUGCCCAAGCUUUACAGUCUACAGGAUUCUUCAUCACCACUGAUUCAGCUUUUGGUAAUUCUAUACUUCCUGUCCUACCUCGCUUUGAUAAAUAA